ACGAGGCGGAGGGUGCGGGAAGGCUGCGCAUCAUGCGCUCUCAGUCCUGUCAAAACACGGAUGCGAGACCGCGCACGCUCCGCUCCCGAGGCGUGUCGACGAGCUGACUAUUUUUAAUCACACUCCAACCAGCACGCCGUCUGAGAUCACUUUCCCCAACGCCUUAUGCCUUAUCAUAUUAAGAAAAAAAGUAGCUGGUUCCAGAACGUACUGGUGCCCCUAUUGGAAAGCGAAGAAAGUCCGAGCAGGUCUGUCAUGGAAGAUCGGAAUGAUCCCGCUAUUCGGGACAGUGCGUCUCUGUCUCUAAGCCUGGUCACUCCACCGCCACCUCUGCUGCAGCCUGCAUUGCAUCCAGCUCACAGAACCAGUAACUUUUUUAUUGAUGACAUACUCCGGCCUGACUUUGGCUGUAAGAAGGAGCCGGGAACAGGAGCCAGGGAACAGUUUAAUGACUCUGACAGGGGUGGGCAGGAGAGACCCGCGCCGCCCGGAACUCUAUGUCCAGACUCUUCUGACAGCGUUUCUUCAUGUUCUUCCUCUUCGGUCUCGUCACCUUCAAGCCAGAGAGAGUCUAAAGGGGACAAUAUAAGUAGAGUUACAACACCAGACCAUGCUAGAGAAGCAGCGCAAGGUGCAGAGCUCAGGAGCGAAGAAGUGGCGGGCGGUAACGACCCUCAUGCGCUUCUCUGGCCCGCCUGGGUUUACUGCACAAGAUACUCAGACCGGCCUUCAUCCGGCCCAAGGAAUCGCAAACUGAAGAAGAUGAAGAGUCAGGUGGAGAAUAAGCGGCCCAGGACCGCGUUCACGGCGGAACAGCUGCAGCGGCUGAAGGCGGAGUUCCAGCUGAACCGCUACAUAAGCGAGCAGCGGCGGCAGACCCUCGCGCACGAGCUCAACCUCAACGAGUCCCAGAUCAAAAUCUGGUUUCAGAAUAAACGCGCCAAGAUCAAAAAAUCCAGCGGUUACAAAAACUCACUGGCGUUGCAUUUGAUGGCGCAGGGACUGUACAACCACUCCACCACCACUGUUCAGGACGACAGUGACUGAAGGACAUCUAGAGCUGGACAUCAAGCUGCACUAAUCCCUCUAAUUGUACAGCAGGACUGCGUUUGUACUCUUGAUCAAAGCGUGAGGAAACGCUGAGCAGUCGUUUUUCUGAAAAAGAAAAAAAUCUCCUAUAAAAUUACCACCGAUUAGAAUCAAUAUAACAUAAACCUGUAACAUAUUCUGUAGGCCCCACAUCUAUAUUUUUCGAUCAUGGGGCUAUGUCUAUCUAUCUGUGAUUUUAUGUCUAUCUUUAUGUAAAUAUAAAUUACAUUUACAAAAUAUUCCAUCAGACUAUCAGACGUGCAAAUAUCUCAGUCUCAUGCCAAAGAUUUUACCAUAUGGAAAGUUUGAGGGCUACAUGUAAUACAGCCUGAAUCGUGCAGGGCAGAUGAUUAGACUCCUCUGGGGAACAUGAAAUGGAAGAAUGCUGCUUCAGUGGCCAUCACUGUUGGACUUAACCUGACUAUCAGAAUACCAGUUAUAGCCUUUUACUUGAGAUAUUCAGAAUUGUUAGGUCCGAUAAACUCUUUUAUAAACGGGAGAUAUAUUUUUCCCUUUAUAUUUUGUUCUUCUUGUUAUAUAAUAAUAAAUGCUGUGUGUUGAUGAGGGUAUUAGGCUAACAUGUUUGAUUCUCGGGGUUUUCCCUACUUUCAGUUCGUGUUUUCUCAAGCAUACAUUUUUGCAAUAGGAAAUCAUUUAAGAGAGAUAAAAAUAGCAAAAAAAUUAAUCCUAUAGGAUAUUUUUUCGCUUCAUAACCGGCAUUAAUUUACUUUCGGUCCAAAUAUUAACCAUGUUAUUAUUGAAACGGUACAAUUAUCAAAGACAACAUAAUGGAUCCAGAUUUACAGGAGGCCUACAGGCAUAAAUUCACUUUUGGUCCAAAUAUAAGCCAUGUUAUUAUUAAAACUAUACAAGUAUCAAA